AUGUCUAGACCACGACGUCGCGGCCACAAGGAUGGCGGCCAUGGAGGCCAAGCCACCACGAUCAGCAGUGUCCGACGCGGUGCUGAUAACGUCACAGUUGUCGGAGCUGGCACCCUUGCCAUGCCCUCUGUCAUGUCCCACAUGGGAAUCAUGCUCGGCGUCUUUCUUAUUAUCUGGUCCGGCAUAACGGCCGCGUUCGGCCUCUACCUCCAGUCACGAUGCGCCCGAUAUCUCGAGCGGGGAACCGCGUCCUUCUUUGCUCUGUCGCAAAUCACCUACCCCAACGCCGCCGUCAUAUUCGAUGCCGCGAUCGCGAUCAAGUGCUUUGGAGUUGGCGUGUCGUACAUGAUCAUCAUUGGAGAUUUGAUGCCUGGCGUGGUGCUGGGCUUCCUUAGCAAUGCCAACAGCGCUCCUUAUCUGGUUGAUCGAAACUUUUGGAUCACCGCCUUUAUGCUCAUUAUCAUCCCGCUUAGUUUCCUGCGGCGGCUGGACUCUUUAAAGUACACCAGCAUUAUUGCGCUGGUCUCUAUCGGGUAUCUCAUCAUUCUGGUGAUUUACCACUUUGCGGUUGAUAAGCAUGCCGACCCGGGGAGCAUCCGCGUGAUUCAAUGGGGCGGAGCAAUCGAGACGCUGAGCACUCUCCCCGUUGUUGUCUUUGCGUAUACUUGCCACCAGAAUAUGUUCUCUAUUCUCAACGAGCUCAAGGACAACUCUCCCUCCAGCGUUAUUGGAGUUGUCGGGUCGAGCAUUGGCUCUGCUGCCUCUAUCUAUAUUGUUGUGGCUAUUACUGGUUACAUCACUUUCGGCAACGCCGUGGUUGGCAAUAUUGUUUCUAUGUAUCCUACUGGUGCUGCUUCGACAAUCGGAAAGGCGGCUAUUGUCGUUCUCGUCACCUUCUCGGUCCCGUUGCAAGUCCAUCCAUGCCGAGCUUCACUCGAUGCCGUCUUGAAGUGGCGACCCAACCGUCACUCUUCGGGCAACAGACGGACCUCAACUCCUCUGCUCCCUACAGCUCCUGCAAAUGAUCAUGGAGCUGGCUCCACCAUGUCCGACCUUCGUUUUGCUGUUAUUACAACAUUUCUUCUAACGUUUGCAUACAUGACUGCUCUAUCAGUCACCAGCUUAGACCGUGUGCUCGCCUUCGUUGGCAGCACUGGAUCGACAUCGAUUAGUUUCAUUCUUCCUGGUCUUUUCUACUAUAAAAUCAGCGACCCUGACAGUACAUAUCACCAGCGUUUGGUUAAGGAGGACGACGACAUGGGAGAAGACUCCAGCACAUCAGAUGUGGAAGAAUCUGCCGCCCUGGCUCAGAGUACAACGAGCGUUCGCAGCGGUGUUAGCAUGGCGAGCAACGUCAGCACCCGCAGCAACCGAAACUCAUGGCGAUGGCGCAGAAAGUGGCGAUGGGAUCUCGAACACAUCGAGCACCACCACCUCCGCAGGCUUUCGCUCGCCCUCGCCAUCUACGGAUCGGUCGUCAUGGCCCCACUGCUAAAUAGACUGUAUUUUUCUUGUACGGCCUCAUUGGGGAUGACGAAUGUUGGGUAUCAAGACGUGUGA